CGUGUGCGCAAGGAAAGUCCUGAAGCCAGCUUUGUCAAUGUCGGCGAUCUUCUGGGCAUCAUGUGGACAAAUCUAGCCAAGACAGAGAAGGCUGUAUAUGUGAAGAUGGCCAGAAAUGACGCGGAACGCUACGAAAAGAAGCUGUGCUGCGAUAGGACCACGGCAGCGUAUAAGCCAACAAGGCAGUCAAGGAUUUCUUACCAUAUAAUUAGAUGA